AUGGGCAAGAUCAUCUUCUACGAAGACAGGAACUUUGGCGGCCGUCACCAUGAGUGCAUGAGUGACUGUGCCGACCUGCACACCUACUUCAGCCGCUGUCACUCCAUCAGGGUGGAGAGCGGCUGCUUCAUGGUCUAUGACCGCUCCAACUUCAUGGGAAACCAGUAUUUCCUCAGGAGGGGCGAGUACUCUGACUACCAGCGUAUGAUGGGCAUGAGUGAUUGUGUCAGAUCCUGUAGGAUGAUCCCAAUGCACCGUGGAUCUUACAGGAUGAGGAUGUAUGAUCGUUACGAUAUGGGCGGUCAGAUGUUUGAGCUGAUGGAUGACUGCCCAAACAUGAUGGAUCGCUUCCACAUGUCUGACAUCCACUCCUGCAACGUGAUGGAUGGUCACUGGCUGAUGUACGAUCAGCCCCACUACAGAGGCAGGAUGUACUACCUCAGGCCCGGAGAGUACAGGCGCUACAAUGAAUGGGGUGGCAUGAGCUCCAGGAUUGGGUCCAUCCGUCGUAUCAUGGACUUUUGA